ACAGAAAGCCGCGAACAAAGAAACAUCACAGAGAAAAAAAGUUUCUGUGGGCGAAACGAAAAACUUUCAGCGUUUCCUUACAUUUGGCACGUCGCAAUGAAAAGCAGGAAACGUGAUUAUGUAGGCCCUCGAACUUAAUCCGCGGAUUGGAGUGGUUUUAAUUGAGAAAUCUGAGGGACCAGUCGAGUUGUGCAUACAAAACCCAAGGACGAAAGAUGGCUUCAGGAGAGGGGAACAAAAUUAUGGUGUUUCGUCCAACUUUGGAAGAGUUUGCGGAUUUCUCCGCUUAUAUUCGUAAGAUGGAAGAGAUGGGAGCUCAUCGAGCUGGUGUUGCUAAGGUUAGCGGUAUAAAACUGGCCUGAACCUUUCUUUAUUUUAAAGCUUUCGUUUGUUUACAAAGCGUCCAGUUUGAACACACGUGUUGAAAAAUAGCAAGACUACACCGAGUUAAUAAACAGCUUGUGAAGGUAUUUGUUCUCUUUGAAUUAUAUUCAGGUCAUACCUCCCAAAGAAUGGGUUCCUCGUAAAAGUUAUGAAGACAUAGACACUAUGAUUCCGGCGCCAAUAUUACAAGUUGUAACUGGCACUCAAGGUAGGUUGAAACCCAAGGUGUACUGAAAGAAAAACUUAGUGAGCUAAAAUAAUAAGCUUAGUGGUCCAUUUUCUCUAAACAAGAGACAUGAUAAAUUUCACUAUCGAAUUCAAAUUCUCCAUUAAGAAGGAAAUGUCGGCUCGAGGUGAGAGUGAGCUUUUAACUCGACAAAGACGAGAACCAGAAAUGGUUCCGUGACAGUAAGCUAAGCUUAUUUUCAUAGGCGCAAAAUAUAAGUCUUAAUUGUUUCACACUAGAUAGUCAGUAAAGUAAAGUUCGAAAUUUCAUACACGACAAUAAAUUUGUACUCAGCCAUAUGUUAGAUUAUGAGUGAAAAGACAGAACUUAGCUACAGUUUCAUUGUCACUCAGGCAAUUGCAUAAAACUGCGUUCUGUUGAAAUGUUUUGCAGCCAGGUUCAAUGAAGCAUUUAAUACUUAAGAGCGAAACAAAAACAACUCACUUGCGUUUAACAGGCGCUGCAAAAGGUGUUUACAUACUUUCUACCAAGGUCUAUGAUUGUGUUAUUGUUCACAGUUAACUUUAGCAUCCAUGGGUAUCAGUGAACUCGUGGUUUUUAAAAUGCAAACCACGUUUUCUUCCGACAACGAACUGGUUUUGUGCCUCAUUUCCGCAGCAUCUGUAGAUGAUUAGUUCCUAUUGUUAAUUAGCGAAGUCAUCAAAACCUCACAAAAGUAAUCCUGAAGAAAUUUAAAUUGCAAAGUGAAACAUUCCAUUGUGGUGACCAAAAAGUAGCUUAUUUCAAGACUUGUGUUAAGAGUUUUAAUUACCACCCGUUAAUAAUUAUUUCCGAUUUACCUUAAAGGUUAGAAAUGUGGAAACAAAGGUUAUAGACCCACCUUUUCCGAUCGUCACGUGCCAAUUUUUAGCUAUGAAGUUGCUGCUAAGUAUUAUUGAUGGUUUACUGAUUAGAAACCUGUAAAAGAGGAACUGGAAGAUUUUAGGGUCUAGCGUGGAGAAAGUGAAAAAGCUAUCUUUGAAGUCAAGCGCUAAAUUCAAUCUUUAAGUGGCUAAUCCUAUUUCACCCGCAAAUUUUAGAAAAAUAAACAAGUCACUUGUACUUCAAACCAUAUUUCAUGCUUCACAAAUUUAAAAGGGAAAACUUCAAAUCUCACCUUCCCUUGCCUAUGUGUAAAAUUCAGGUAUUGUUUAUUAUUUUUAGCUUAAUCAUUCCUCAUGACAAUUAACCUUUUGCUACUUUCCUCUAACUCUUUACCAUAUUUAUGAAAACUGAGAAGGGUUGUAUGUCAGUGUAAUGAUGCGAAGGUGAUGUCAUCCGAAAAAAGUUCCAUUUGGCUUUUGUUAAACCUUGUAAAAGACAAAAGACUGAAGUUACUAAUCAAAGAGUCCUUUGUCUCUAAGGAACCAUCACAUUAAGAUGGGGGCAUCUGUAAAGGAGAUUUUUUGUGUUGCCUCAAACGUGACAUAAAAAAAAAGGUUGUGAGAAGUUUAAACUCAGACUUUCAGAUUCUGUGCUCUGAUGCUUUACCACUGAGCUGUAGAGACUUUAGGCAGGUUAUUUAAACAAAGUUUAGUCUUUUUUUAACAAUACUGCAUCCUUAACAAUACUUGAUUUAGCUGAACUUUUUAUCUGAACAUUUAUUUUUGUGAACUGUGUCAAGACGGUCAAAAGCUAACAGUGGGUGGACAUUCAGUUCAUUAAAUCAACCCUCUUAUGGUGAAAGCCCACAGACUGUGUAAAACCAUUGUUUGGGUUAGACCUUGAGUAAAUAACUGGCCUUUUAUGUUGAGCCCUGGUUUUGUAGGCAACAUAGCUGCUGUAUACUGUUUGGAUCAACAAUGUCACAAGUUUUUUGUAAGUACUUGGAAUAAAGUACUUAGUUUCUGUCUGUGUUACUUGUAAAAGAAACUGAUGUUUGAUAAAAUUUUUACUGUGGCCUCUCUGUACAGUUUUAAGGCAACAAUAUAUCAAACCAAUGCUUUUUUUAACAUCAUACUAAGAAAAAUGGUCACUCCUUCCAGGACUGCUUUUAAGAGCUAGCUGGCAAGUAAACUGGACUGAUUUACUUGCACAACCUCACCAUUUGCUUCAGUCAGCAGAUUAGAUCAGGCAAAGAAUGUGCAAUAAUUUGUCUGGAAACUUGACACUAAAACCACCUACCAUAAAAGUUUUCACCAUGAUCUUCACCCAGUCAACAUGAGUCACCUUUUAUGACCUCACCAUUUGCUUCAGUCAGCAGAUUAGAUCAGGCAAAGAACGUGCAAUAAUUUGUCUGGAAACUUGACACUAAAACCACCUACCAUAAAAGUUCACAGAUUAUUAUAUCUUUAAUUAAACUUAAGGUAGUCACAUGGCUUUCCAGUUUUGGAUUCAUUGUAUUUCACUUGGUUUAAUAUUAUGGUACACACAGGGCUUGAUUUAUGUGUACCUCUUAAAUUUGAGAAAAAACUCACUAAUUGCCAUUGAUUGUUUGAUUUUUGUGACUGAUGUGACAACUGAUUUUGAAAGUUCCUUAGCUUUAAACCUUCUUUAAUUACACCAUACAAUGUCAUCACUUGGAACUUGACAUCUUGGGUAGAAUUUCAACUCGAUCACCUCAGAUCAUAGUAUGAGAGCAACUAGCAAGUUAUUGAGGCUUAUAUAGAAUGUCCUGUGAUUUACAAUUUUUUACUCAUUUAGUUACAUGUAGUUUGGCUUGGUUUGUACAGGAUUGAAAUCAUAAAGUAUUAGAGUAACUUGCAAGAGAGGAAUGGAAAAAAGCAAAGGAUAUGCAACAGUCCAAGAAGUUUUUAAGUAAUGAAUGAAUAAAAUCCUUUGAGCUUGAAUAAUGUUCACAGCUGGUAUUUCUUAUUUUUCAUUGCAUUUUCAACCAUGUGGAAGGUUUUUACAUUUUCUUCCACUUGGUUGACUUUUGCAAUCCAUUAUUUUAUUUUCAAGACGGCCAGUUUUGCCCAAGGACUCAAAAAUGUGUCUAUUACAUCAUAAGGAUUCACCAUUAAUAGUUUGCACAACUGUGCCAAAGAUCAUUUUUUAUCUGUUGCUGUUACAAAGGUUUCUGUCAGUCAGAGGUAUUCCUACUUUGCUUGACAUUAAUCUUGAAUUGUUAAGGAAUAUGAUAAUUACACUGAACCAUCUGAGUAGUGUAUGUUAUGUCUUGCUUAUUUCAAAGGACUGUUCCAGCUGUUCAAUGUGCAGAAGAAGGCAAUGUCUUUUAGUGAAUUCAAGAAACUUGCCAACAGUGAAAGGUACACGUUGGUGUGAGGAGACACAUUUAAAACAAGUUUUAUGAUGUUGGAACUUAUGAGGUUUUGUAGAGUUGGCGCACAAGUGCUGAGAAGAGGACACAAUCUCUUUAAAACGAGGUCGUUUGAUCUGGAAUUUUUUGUCAGCUUGUCAGGAAGUGAUAGAACCUAAUUUUCACUCCUCUGUCACCUAUACUGGGUCUAGUUUUGGAACCUGUCUGACGAUUGGCCUUUGUAAACGACUUUUAAUCUGGAUGUGUUGAGAUUAAUUCCUUUCCCCUUCCCCCCUUCAAAGCUGGGUUUGCCAAGUCAAAUUACUCCAUCACGAUUGAUUAGAUGUGUUUGAAUUAUUUCAACACCCUCAGUGAUCUUUCCUGAAUCAGUGAGUUACCUUGAAUGGAAUUCAUAUGGUUCCAGAAAAGAGGGUGGCGUUGAGGGGGUAGGACUAAGUGAAACAUGGGUGCCCUACACCUCCCAUAAUGGGGAAAUGAGUGGAGCUCACUGGAGCUGCUGAGUGUUUUUUCACUCCCAACAAGUACUUUUACUUUCUAAGUCUUGUUGAACUCCAUUGUAUCUUUGUUUUCAGGCACAGACCUCCCACGGGAGAUCAAGAUGAGAUUGAAAGAAAAUACUGGAAAAACGUGACAUUCAACAACCCAGUUUACGCAGCUGAUAUUCCUGGCACAGUGUACGACAAGGAUGUGAAAGAAUGGAACAUAGGAAGAUUAGGAACAAUUCUUGAUUUGAUCAAGAAUCAAUAUGGAGUCCAUAUUGAGGGAGUAAACACCCCGUAUUUGUACUUUGGGAUGUGGAAAGCUACAUUUGCAUGGCAUACUGAGGAUAUGGAUCUCUACAGUAUAAACUACUUACAUUUUGGAGCUCCAAAGACAUGGUGAGAACUCACUCAGUUACUGAAAUGUUUGUUAACAAAUGAUGAUCAAGGCUUAUUGGGGAAAAUAUUAUGUACAUGUCCUCAGUAAUAGGCUUUUGAAGGGAAUCAAACACACCGUAAAUAUUGACAACAUUAGUCUGAUUUUUUCUACAUUUUUCAGGUAUGCAAUCCCUCCCGAACAUGGCCAGCGCUUGGAAAGACUUGCUGCAGGUAAGUAAACGUGUUUAGAUUUCGCAUUACGGCCUCUUAAUUGGGCACAGCUGCCUAUUACACCAUCGGCAGAAAAAGUUACUGAAAUCCCUGAUUAUAACCCUUCUCAUCUGUUUUCUUUUCCUCGUACUUCCACCCGAUCUUUUCUCACCAGAAAAAGAGAAAAAAUUGGCAAUGAGGGGAAAAACUGGAAUGCUCGUAGUUAAGUUGUGAAGCUGUAUAGAACUUUUUACAGUAUGGUGCAAAAGUAACGAGAGAGGAAAUUUGGUCCUUUCGGCCGAAAAAUGUCGAUCAUAAGCCCUCUUCCCCCAUCCGUUUAAUUUCUGGGCUACCAUUUGUUCGUUUGACAAAAUUCGCCUUGGAAUUCUUCUAGUUGGAGCAUGUAAGGAAAGCAAUUUCCGUCAAACUUCGGGACCAAAAUUCUCUCCGAUAUCCUCUGUGGUCUUUCCUGCACUACUAAAGUGCGACAGUAAGGUGAUGAGACUGCUGUCACACAUCGACGUGACUCACGUGACAGUGUUGAAUUUGAGAAAAAGAUGUGGUGAAAAGUUAUUAAACGGCAGGUUUGGAAAUGGGUAAUGGAUAGAAUUGCAAAGAUUUUAGAUUCUGCGCUUUCUCAUAUAAGUAAUAAAUAUAGACUGUAGCCAGCCUUAACCUUCAAUCUUUAUGCUUUCCAACUUUUUUCCUACAGGUUUCUUUCCCGGAAGCUUUCAAAGCUGUUCCCAGUUUCUUAGACACAAGAUGACUAUUAUCUCACCCCAAGUGCUUAGAAAGUUUUCAAUACCAUAUGAUAAGGUAUCUUAACAAUUACAUAUCCACCUUUUGAGCGCCUAGGUCUUCGUCUGCAAAGCAAAGUUUGGAAGUAAUUUCAAGGCGUUCUCUUCAAAGUAAUAUGUGCGCCAAAAAUUUAGCAUAUGAAGUGGUUGAAAACGCGUUAAUUAAUCUUAAACAGAACAAGAAGUUGAGAUUUGGUAAAAACAGUUUAAAUUGAAUUCAUUGACGAGAAAGUCUCGAGUGGUCAAAAAAAAAAAAGAUGGCGGACAGGUAGGAGAAAGGAACAACAUUUUAACCUAGAGUUUGAAGGAGGAUGCUAGUAACCAAAAACACCUAACAGAGCACAAUAAACCGGCUUAAGGUCUGGAAGUCGUGGGCUUCCAAAAGUGGCUAGGACGGAGGCCCUGAACAAAAUUGCUGCGGAGUUUUUCACAACAUUUCGUAAGAAAGACGGGGAAGAUUACGAGCUUGACAGCCUUCGUGUAAUGGUUACUGCUAUUGAACAAUACCUAUCAGAGAAAGAGUACAAACGCUCAAUUAUUCGUAACAGAGAUUUUAAAAGCUCAGAGCAAGUUCUUAAAGGAAGAGCCCAACUACUCCGACAACAAUGCAAAGCUAUACGGCCAAAUCAGUGAGCCAUGACACAGUCUAAACACAACUAGUUUGGAAAACAGACUUCAAUUUUUGUUCUUAUAUUAUUAACAAGGAACCAAAUUGUUUAUAUCAUGCAAUUUAAGAUAAGUUAGUAAUUUGGUUAGCCUCUGAAAAAUUUACUUGUGCUGAUUUAUCCCAAACUGCACUCGAAAGCAAGUGAUUAUCUACACCUCUAUUUAGAUGUACCUAUUUUACAAUGAAAUCUGAAAUACCUUGUUCGUUUUCAGAUAACACAAGAAGCUGGCGAAUUUAUGAUCACCUUUCCUUAUGGCUAUCACUGUGGUUUUAACAAUGGUUUUAACUGUGCUGAGUCGACGAAUUUUGCGUCUGAAAGAUGGAUUGAUUUUGGAAAGAAAGCACAAGUUGUGAGUAGUAGACUUUUUACAAUACUCUUAUGUUAUGUAUUUACUUUCGUUAUCUUAUUAGUAGGACAGAGUUAUGAAAACUCAAAAAAGAGCAUAGAAGUGAGGAUAUACCGUGAUUCUUUCCUCAAUAGUUCUGAUGAUCAUCUUUGGUAAUGUUUUUUUUUUUUUUGUGAGGAUGCCCUUUCUGGGAUUUUAACCUUGUAUCGAGCUGCAAAUUGGCUUCCUUGACAUUGGUAACCUUGUAUUUGAUUUCUUUCAGUGUAUGUGUAAAAAGGACACCGUUAAGAUUUGCAUGGAUGUCUUCGUUAAGACAUUUCAAGUAAGUUAGCUCAACAAAGUAAAAAUAAAUGACUAACACAAUGCCUUGUAGUAUUUAGAGUAAUCGUUGCGAAAAUUUCCUCCACUUGAGGGAGAAAAAGAAAUAUUAGUUUUAAGAGAGAAACAAUUAAAAAAAUCUUCGAAGAGACAAUAAAAACGCAAGUAGGGACAAAGCUGGCCAUGGAUGAAGAGAAAACGGAUAUAUUGGAAAUGGAGGGCUUGAAAAAUUAAGCCGAAGUUUGACAAGAUACGCAAUCCAUUAGUAACCGAGGGUUUUCUCCACGUCCUAUGGUUUUCCUUCCUCCACUGAAUUCUACAUUCUAAAUUCCGGUUCGACCUGGAAACAGUGGUUAAGAAGGGCCACCUUGUGGAACAUCCAUUGCUUACUUUCGCUUUUUAUUGCCAUCAUUGUGAACAUUAUUAUUACUUGAAUUAAAGUGUAUUAACAUUAAAGGCUGUUGUUGAUUUUCCAGCCAGACAAGUGGGAAGAGUAUCUGAAGUCCAAACAUGACGACAGCAGUGACAGCGAGGAUGACGAGGAAGAAGAGCAACACGAGGAAGGGAACGAGAAAAAGAAAAACGAAAAAGAUAGAGCGCAGGGGAAAGAAAAAAUCAAGUCAGAGGGUCUUCUUAUAGAUGUCGAUGAUGACAUGCCCCUUGCUAAGUUGAAAGAAACGCUAGCAAGGUAUUUAGAGAACGUUUCCUGUCUAAAGCAACUGAAUUAGUUUUGAAGGAAGGGGGUAACUUUUUAAAGAAACCGGGGUGCUGUUUCAGCGGGAGGGUAUAGCAAGGUUGUUAAGUAUUAUCAACUGAGUUAAUAACGUAAAUUGGCCACCGUAAAGAGUUUAAAGCUGGCGUUUCGAGCUUUAGCCCCUCGUCAGAGCGAAGGACUAAUGCUCGAAACGUCAGCUUGAAAUCCUUUAAGGCGGCCAAUUCACGUUAUCAACUCGGUUGAUAAUGAUAAAUUACCCUGAGUUAGUUUGCAUUUUUUCGCUCGAUAAUUAGCCCGGAGAUCUCUCGCUUUUUUCUGCCCUUCGCGAAGAUUGCUUGUUUUUACUUGAAAUUCUGAUUGGGUACUUGCGAUAUCUUCCCUCUCUCUGAUUUUCCGUUUUUUUUCUUUUUUUCUUUUUUCUUUUGCUUCUAGUUUUACGAUGAAUUUGGAAUGCGCUCUAAAGAAGGGCAAUAAGCAUUUAUCGCUGACGCGGAACAAAUCAAAAUCAACAUUCCCCUUGAGGAUUUCAACCCCAGUGCCUCUAAAUCACAAAAAAAACUCGUAAAAAAAAUCGUUAAACCCGCCGAAAAAUCGUGAUAAAUUUGUUGAAAGAAUAAUUUCCCGUUCCAAUUGUACGAUCGAAUGCCUCAUAAAAGUAGUUCGAAGGCCUCCUUGGCCCUAUACAUACAGAUUAAAAAGAAUCAUUACUGUAUUAUUUUGAAUGCGCAUUUCAUUUCUUUGGAAUGAAAUAACAGCUAAAAUAUGUUUUUGAUUAACUCUUAGAGGGUCUUUUGAGAGACGAAAAUCUGCAUCUAAAAGACAGCCCGUGGUUACAAAAUCCUUCACUGUCCCCAGCAGUGCUGGGAGAAGAAAUAAAAUGGAAGAAACCAAGAAAAGAAAAGGUGCACCUUCACCUCACUUGUUCGUACCUAAUGAGAUCCAUUUGUUAGUUAGUAAUAGGACACACCUUGCGCAAACCAACAUUAGAAUGAUUUAGCAAGAGGACGGGAACGUCAUUUCAGAACAGGAAAGCGCGCGGUUAAUCUAGACACGACUCUAUUUCGACUUCCCUUGUUAGCGUUGCCACUCUCCCCAUCAUGGUCAGAACGUCAUUUCGCUGGUUUUCCCGUCGCGAUCAAAACGCCUAGGAUUUGCGUUAAUUGUGCACUUAUAAACGAGAUAAUACUGUUUGGAAUGAUUUCAGAACUCAUUUCCAGGAUAAUCAGGCCCCUUUCUUUGUUUUAUUCGGUGUACAUGUGAAAAUUUACCGCUACGUUAAUUCUGGAUUCCCGAAAGGAAACACGUUCGUUAGCAAGCGAUCCAAGAUUUCAGGCUCAGUUACCUUUUUUCGUAAUUGAGCUAGGCUUUAAACAACGUAAGGGGGUUUUCUUUGAUACAUUUCUUAAACCCUGUAUGAAAACUCUAAGAAUGGGAUGCUGAUAAUUUUAUCGUGAAUUCAUCAGUAAAUGAAACUUGCUUCAUGUUGAAGUUUAUCAAAAUGAAACAACACAGCUUACCUACUGUAUUAUCCAGUGUUAUUUGUUGUCAUUGUCGUUUUAACCGUGAUUAAAAAGUGUUCUGUGAAUUGAAGUCAGAGAUAAAAAAAAAUUGAGAAUAGCUCUAAAUAUAGACUUUAUUCGUUAAAAAAAUUAAAUUAAACAAAAACAAAAUAAAACAAGUCUUAUUCCUCAGUCUAACCGUUUCGUUGGUGACGUCAUGGUUAAACGGGAACUGAUCGUAAAGAACUCCGUCUUUGGGUCGCUUGAUUUCUACAUGUUUUCGCCAUAACUCCUGAUAACUCCGUUCAAAAUGCAUUGCAACUAUAAGAAGGUGGUGCUCAAGAGAGGUGUACUGUCAUGAUUGAGAAGAAUAUUUAGUAAACAAGGGGAAAAACGACGACAUUUUCGAUUCCAAAUUAUGCUUAACAAAUCAUAGAAAAAAACAUAGUUAGUGGGCUUCAAAAUUUGAUAGAUGAAUCGGCAGAUUUGAGACUUAACUGGAAUGGAAUAGUUCAAAGUUUCAUCGCCCUUGUGGAUUCAUAUUAACAAUUCACUUGUAGUAAACUAUCCUCUGUUUGCACUUAUUACACUCUCAAAGAAGGUAAUUUCGUUGUCCUUUUAGUCGUCUAUGAAACCGAAAAUUCAAAGGUGAUAGUGAUCUUUAAAGAGCCGAGGUGAGGAUGUUCAAGAACAAAUACAACGUUGAUGGUUCGUUGCAACGACUGCUAAGUCUCUUCUGAGACACGACGGGGCGACGUUCUCGACCCAGUUUCUUAUCAAUAUUUUUGCUACGCGCGCCGUUGUCAAAUGACAUUCCCUUCCUCUUGCUAAACCACUCUAUUAAAUGUCCUAAGACGGGCCCUCUGCUGGAAUCCCCACGGUAAGGGCAAAAGAGGGCGACCAUGGAAUACCUGGCUUCAUGACCUUGAGGCUGACAUCAGAAAGAGCGGCCACUCAUGGAGCCAAUAAGAAAGAAUUUCUCAGAAGAGAGAUCUCUGGCGGACUGUUUUUGACGGCCCAUGCCCCAGGAGAAGCGAUGGGCUUAGAUAGAUGUUGAAUAGAUAUUAGUUAGUAAACAUCCCUGCCAUGAGGCAACUUACUGCAGUUAUUAUACCUGGAGAAGCUUCUCGACAACAUAAUCUCGAUAUACUUGAUUUAACCUUUUUAAACCCUAACAUCAAUAUGCAUUUUCUCCAUACUGUUAUGUAUACAAAACCUUAGGUGCUGACAAGGAGAUUUUGUCUAACAAUCAAAAGCUUCUUUAGUUGGUGAUCUUUUCCUUUAUUCUCGUGACCUUCAUGUUUGAUCCAGGGGCGAUAUUGUAAGGAGAAAUUAGAUACUAGUCACUCUAGGGGUUGAAGGGUAAAGUGUCUUAAUGUUGGUAACAAAAUGCUGAUGAUCUUCUGGCCAAAAGUGGUAAAAGUUUGAAAAAGUGCCUCAAAGUAAGCCAGGUAAAGUAGAAUUUGCCGAGAGGUAACGGAAUAAUUUUAUUCCAACCCUCCGGCCAAAAGCUUCUUUCUUUGGAGGAAAUACCCUUUUACGUCAAAAUCUCGAUUUUUUUUAACUUGCAGGUCGGAAAGAUCAAGGAGGAAAAACUAGCACAUCCAAUAAAAUACUGUCUAGUAUUCUAGACGGGCUAUGGCAUCACCAGCUGCCGAAUUUUGAGAUGGAACAGGCUUUUAACAUCGUCUUCUCACAGCAGGAACCUCAUUGUUCUGUUUGUAGCUUCUUCUCAAAAUCAGAGGUAAGAAAGGUUUUUUUUGGGAAAAAGCUGAGAUUAGGGACGCAAUGCAAUGACCAACACGAGGCGAUUGUUUGGUCUGCCGUGCGUUGUCUUUUGCCGAAAACAUCCGUGCGUUAUACUCUGAUCAGGGUAAAUAUUUCGUAUUUUCACUUGGAAGAGUGAUACUCCUUUGUAUCUAUUGCUUUAUCAAGCGUGUCAUUGAUCGCACUCUUCUCAAACUCGUGUGCAUGAUUUUCCAAGUGCAUUUCUAACACAAAACACUAGUCUAAAAUUUCUUGCGCCUCGAAGCAAUUGCAUUUUCCCACGCUAGUCCGAGGCACCAGUCGUAUGUUUACCUUAAAUGCUUCAUUAGCCUACUUUGCUGCGCAGCUGUCACACCUUCCUACUCUUUCCUCAACUGAAACUUACUAGCCACUUAUGUUUUAUUUCUCAGGAUAAUCUGCUAGUACAUCUAAGAGAAAAUCUCCACAAACCGCUUUCCAAUUUAACGAUAAACCUAACUGGUUUAACCGAAAAGCUGUCUGUCCCUAAAGUACCAGAGAUUUGCUUCAUGUCGGACGACUCCAGUCCUGAGAGUAUGAGCUCUUGGCUGGACAAAAAGUUCACCACAGAUACAGCAAGUCCUCUGCUACGAUGUGCAUCAUGUAAAUUACUUGUUCAUGCAAGUGAGUAGAAAACUGUAUCACGGAAAAGAAUGUGUUGUUUUGACGAAAAAGAGUUUUUUGUGAGGAGUGUUAGUUUUAUUUGCUUUAUUUUGUGGUGAGUUACGUGGUGGCCCUGUGGUCGAGGUUCUUUACUCCCGCCAUGUCUCGCGGCCCCCACGAACUGGUUCUUAGCGAAAUACAGCUGUGUUCUUAUAAUGUUUCGUUGAUUUAAGGGGAAAUACAUAUGCUUUCAAGAGUACAGGUCGGUCACAAAUUCUAAAAGGAACUCAUGAGACUGCGCUAAACAUUUACUCACCGGUACUUUGAGUGAGUAAUACAUCGACGUAAAGUUGAUUGAAAUAUGUGUCUUCAGGGCAGAGCCUGUUGGAAUAAAGGGUACCAUAACAUAAACAACCAGCUGUUUGAAAUCAGUUUGAAGAGUUUUUACUGGAUUUUGUGUUAGGUUGUUAUGGUGUAAGUCAUGCUCCAAGUGAUGGCCAGUGGAAAUGUCAAAGAUGUCUUCAAGACGAUCAAUCAGCCAUUGAAAAUAGUGUGAGUAGGUGAAGACCUUGUACCUUGAUGUGCGCAUUGCUACCCUUUAAAUGUGCAAUACUGUCUGUAAAAUGUUACGAAAGCCAGAUUUGGACGCCAACUCGCUAUUGAUAUCAUCAAUAUCGAAAGGCUAUUUCGUAUUUCUCAUGAGAUUGUUUGUUUUUUUUUCCCCCACAGUAUUGCUCGUUAUGUAGACUGGGUGGUGGUGCUUUGAAGAGGACAACAGACAGCAGGUAUUUUCAACGUUCCCGAGGAUAAUAACUUGUCAUGUUUAUGGUCGACAACUUCCUUAUCAUUGCGAUGCGGAGUCAGUCUUCUCCAUAGGGACUCCUUCUUAUUCAUUAAAGUGUGGAUCACAAACUGGCCAAUGAGCAAACAUCCCCAGAACGAUCAAAACAAAAGAACUAGUGAGCAGAACCGUAGUUGAGCGCGUGCGUUUUGAAAAAACAGCGUGAAAUCACCAAAAUUGAUGUGGUCUUAGAACGGAAACCCCGACGGAAAAUUUUUAAAAGUUUUGGAACUUAACGCUGCGCACAUGUGUUAUGCUGAAGUUGGGGUGUAACGCCGCAAGAGAUGGUAAACAUAUCCAGCCAUUUGAGAAAUUCUUGCUAUUUGCGAAAUUCUUGCUAUUUGCGAAAUUCUUGCUAAAAACAAAAAAUCAUUUUUUUUGAUUCUUGACCGCGUAAGGCCCCUAAUAUCACUUACAACUACUCUCUCGUGUCAUUUCUUGCAGAUGGGUUCAUAUAGGAUGUGCAGUAGCUGUACCUGAAGUGUUCUUUGUCGAUGUGAAUCUUAGGGAAGGAGUUAACAUCGAUAAAAUUACUUCAGCAAGAAGAAAACUUGUAAGUGGAACACUUUUGUUCUUUCCUUUUCGUUCAUUAUAAUAUUGUGGUAACUUUAUCUCUAUACGCCUUGUUUCUAUCAUUGUGGCGUUCUGAUUUUUUGGCAUGUAUGUAUGUUUGUUUCACCCUGUUAACAUUAUGAUAUGCGUCACGCUAUCCUUUUUCUGUUAUGUUGCUUUCGAGUCAGUCCCACGGUACCUGGUUCAGUGCGUCAUGCUCUUCUUUUGCGUUUCUUUAGAAAUGUUUUUAUUGUCGAUCAAGUUCCACGGCUAGCGGAAGGGAUAAUGGUGCAUGCGUACAAUGUUGCGCGGGAAAGUGUGCAGUAUCCUUUCAUGUGACGUGCUUUGUUUUGGCCGGGUUCGUGCUGGAGCCAAGUGAUUGGCCGCAACCUACGGAAACCUACUGCGAGAGACAUCUGAGAACAAGAUUUAAAGUAAGAUUCUUUUAUGUAGUGCAAAUGCCUUGUUGCCACUAAGAGCGUAUUCCGAUCAUAAACUUCAAAUUUCCUUGAUAUUCCUUAUUUGCUUUUUACUUGGCUCUGUGAUCCGCUGUUCAUAACACGGAGCGAUAAGAUGUUGAAAAGAAAAAAGGACGUAAUUUUUCUGGAAGCUGAAAAUAAUGCUACUCUUUAGGUUGAGGACAAACGAGAGGUUUUUGAGGUGAUUCAUGGGGUAACGCAAAUUGCCUAACGAUUAUUUCAUUCUUCUUUAAUAGGAAAGGUAAAAGAUAGCCUAUACAACUUCAUCUUUUCCCUUUUUUUUCUCAGGGAAAGCAGAGAGACUUCUCUGUUAUUCAUUUCGGUGAAUCCGUUGUAGCCAAGCACAAAAAUGGAAGGUAAAUUAGAUCAGUUCAAAUAUUGUUACUUUUUUUUUCCCAUGCAUUCUGUUUUUCUCACUACUCUUACAGAGCCUCCUUGUAAGGAGGCAGAAGGAAACCUUUGGUUAGUGAGGUCAUUUGCGAUUGACUAGCAUCACAUCGGGGUGGGGUAGGGCAGGGGAGGGGUGGAGGAGACAGUAAUGUGCCUUAAAUCAACUCGUAAAUUUUAACUAACUUACCAAGUUAGUUUAGAUAGUCUGCGUAUCUUGAUGGACUCUUAACUUGGGUCUGCUCCAUUUGUCUCAGAUAUUACAGGGGCGUGGUGCAGGACACGACAACUGACGAGUAUUAUGUGGUGUCAUUUGAUGAUGGGACGUACUGCGAUAAUUUACCUCCAACUGACAUUGUGGUAAGAAGCUUGUGGUAAAUGAAGAAAUAACAGUAAUGAUAAUAAUAAUAAAAUUGAUAAGAAUUGUAAUGAUGGUAUAACUUAUAUAGCGGAAAAUACUUGUAAAUAUGAUUUAAUGCGCAGAUCAAAAUCAGUGAGCUUCUAAAAAUCGUUUAAAAUCGUUAGAAAAAAAAAUGAGGAAAUAGUUAUAGCUAAAUAAGAUAUUCCUAUAACUCCUCUUUAUGAGGCAUAAAUGAUAAUAGUUUAGAUAUCACAUGCAAAAACACUACUUGUGGGCUAAUUAAAAAAGGCAAGUUUAGAGCACUUCAGUACUGAAGUGUUGAUCUACACAGUGAGAUAAGUAAAUGUGAGCCCGAAAAAAUUUAGGAAUCGGGCAGGACUCGCACUACAGUAACGACCUGGCGACUCGGUGAAUUUUCUGGCCAACCGGGUUUUUUAAGUCAGUGACCUCUAAGGCUCAAGGGUUUCUAGGCUCAAAUGUUGCUCAUUGAUCGAAGUGCUUAAUAUGUGCGACGAAAGAGAGAAAGACCAAAGUGGGUAGAAGAAGGGAAAAAAGUGGCCAUAGUUAGAUUGCAAAUGACGCACUCAGAUAAUAAAGAUAAAUUUCCCAUGUUGCACAGACCGUAGUUGAGCUCUUUUAGAAGAAUGACCACAGCUUUUUUACUAAUGAUGUUGCUUUUCUUGUUCUUUGUAGGGUCAUGACAACACACAAGAGGAUAUUCCUGUAGGAAGGGUUAUUCAAGUCAGGUGGAGCGAGGACGGUGGACUGUAUAAAGCCAGAGUCACUGGCCGAAGAAUAAGCGUUACAUACCAGGUAUGUAAGUUACAUGACUCUAUGAGAGGUCCACAAAAUUCGCAAAGAUGUUUUUUUUCCGAUUAAGGUGCAAAGAAAGGGUAGAUAAAGGGGGAUCCUCUACUUAUAAAGCAACUUGGACGGGUAGGAUGGUCCUCCUGGAAGGAAUUAACUCCACAAAGCUAUCCUCAUUAGCUCAAAUAGGAUCACGUGUUCCUGCGGAAUUAGUCAUACUCCCGCAUACAGCUGUUACGAGAAAAGGUUGUCGGCAAAAAAAGACGAAAGUGCACGCCGCAAUCUCGAAAUGUCUUCUGGGUAUCCGGUAACCAAUGAAUUUUAAUAAGUCAAAUAAAUACAUGAUUAACAGAAUUCAUCAAACCCGCGAUGCCUCGUCCUUGCCGUGACAUUUUCCAGGUUUCCCUGAAAUCCCGAGCUCAAGGAACCGUGACCUGAAGACUACCCACAACAGAUUUCGGGGUUGUCGCGUUCACUUUUACGCUUUUUUUCUGACAACUUCUCUCUUAACAUCUGUAUGUUCCCCAUCAUUUCACCCAUUAACUGAAGGUUUAGGAAUACCACAGUACUUACAAAACACGAAAAUACAGAACGUACAAUGUAACGAUUGGCGUUACUCUUCGUAACAUUGAACGAACACGAGAAAUUUUUAAACGAUUUUGUUUUGGAUUAGGUUGAAUUCGAAGAUGAUUCGUGGUUAAGCGUCCGCCGGGAGGACGUGUACAAAGCAAGUGAAGAACUUCCUCUUAAAGUGCAACAGCGACUGGUAAGUUUAAACGAACAUCAAAGAGGCGCUACUUUGGGCGAAAGGGAUCUCUGUUCAAUGGUCAAUAUAUGAAGAGGUCUGGGUGAAGUGUUUUCGUGAGAACAACAACCCAAAACAGUCAACUGAUAACAACUUAAGGUUGAUGUUGGGUUAGGGGAGGGGUAGGUGCGCUGUUGCUCAGAUACUGACUUAAGUCCAGAAGACUCAUUCCAUGCAUAACCGCUGGACUUGCAAAGACAAUUUUUGAUUCCGUCCUUCGAAAUUUGUUUUACUUUACAGUCCUCCGCCACAGAGACAGCUAAUCUAUGUUACUGGGAAGACAUUCCUGAUCACAGUGCCAAGCGACCUAGGAAACAGAACCCACGCUUUCUAUGAGAGAUUAAUAGUAAGCUUUGGAUAUUUCGUCCUUUUAUCGAUAUUGAUAAAGACGGUACGGUUUCCGCCAUCUUCAUUUGAGUCGCGGUUUUGUUGGUCAAUCUCCUGGAUAAGAAGUUCAAGAUCAUCAGCAGAAAACCUUUCAUGGCAAGUUAGCCUACUGAAAACAAAUUGUGUCAAGUUGCGAUAAAAGCACCUUGUGUGCUUAUUUCUCUUAUGGGCAGGCCCAUUAAUAACAAUAAUAUUUUGAGCUUGUGGUUAUCUGUGGUCUUGGAAGAAAACGAAAAGGAAGUGAAUCCCUCGAGCCUUUUUUUCAGCAUAAGUUGUCUUGAGUGUCUUACAAGCCUCGAAAUCAGUAACUUCGUUAACGAAUUGAUCAAACAGGAGCUUAUAUUACCGGUAUUCAUAAACACGAGAAAACAUAUAGCCUCAGAAGCAAGUUGCGAACACGGCAAAGUGGGAAGUGUUCGUUGAGCGCAAAUCGGAUUUAUCAUAUUUCUGGUAGUUCAGCUGGAGACGACGAAAGAAGUUAAGAGCUGACCUGAAAAAAAGAUUUUGAUACCCCAUUAACACCAGCAAAACACGUUCAGUUAAACCGGGUUUAACUGAAUAAUAAUCAGAAGCAGAACUAAAAACUGAAUUUUCCAUAGGAUUCUAGUAGGUACUAACUUGUAUUUUGAAUUUGCGAAAUUUGAAGACAUAAACUUCGGGUGAAGAAGCUUCUAUUUAGAAGACAAUUUGAAAUCUUGUUUGACAAAAAAGCUUCAAACCAUGUUUAAGCUUUGGUGUGAAUGAGGUAUAAGAUUCCUAUGCUCGUGUGAUUUUCCAUGCAGCAUGAAAAGGGAGUAAGUGUGAAGUCAUACGAAUGAUCUUCUUCAAAGGUACGGGGGAUUCGCUUUUGUAUUUUAGAAAAUUUCUUCCCGAGAAUAUUUUUUGGGUAUUUUUUUAUUCUUUGUUUUUCGAGGACGUUAUGCUAAAUUAUGAGGCAUUUUGUUUGAGCUAAGUAUCCGCUUUUUCGGCGCCGAAGAAAAAAAUGUAUUUUGGCAAACAUUUUUAAAUGGUUCCAGGUUCAUUACAAAAAGCUUUAAAUAUUAGCUUCAAUUAAACCAUUUGAAUCUGUGAAUAGCAUUUUGCAAGGCACUUGUCUAAUAGGAUUUUCAUACGAUCUAUGCCUGAAUCGAUUCAAUUACAGCGAUACAAGGCUUUAUACUGACACAAUCAUUUUUCCAAGUCACUCAUCCUUUUAACAUGUAUUUUCCAUCGCUGGAGGUAAAAUGUCGUUAAAUUUAAACUUGAACAUAACGAAUUUAUUUUGUAAGAUCUUGUACCGGAAGGAAUAGCAAAGAGAUCACACACCUCUCCAUUUAGGGAGAUUUUUAAGAGGAUCUAGAAAUAUCCAAUACUGAUUCACGAAUUUAAUGACGGGGGCAUUCUUAACCGAACCAUUCCAAAACGCUUGGUGCCUGUAACGUUAUUCUUAGGGUGAACAGUUAGCUAGAAUUAACUCUUAGAAGUAACUUAGAAGUAAAUCUAAUUGCGGAUGCGAUCUCUUACAUGUAGCUUUAAAAUUCUCACUUGAUACAACUCACUCCAAUUAACUAAAAUUAAUUUACUCGAGAGCUUGCUCGUCAGCUGUAGAUAAAUUGCCUAUUGGCCGUUAUUUAUGAUUGCUUAUUUAACAGCGUAUGAGGUAUUUAAUGAAAUACCGCCAUCUUUCGCAAAUAAAACGC